UAUCAUAACGUCAUUGUUUCGUUCGCAUAUUUAUUUCGCGGUUCGAUUUUCUGUUUUUUAACUUCCGUUUUUCAACUUUAUUUCUGUAUUCUCUUUCUGUCUGUCCUUCAUUUCCUCUUUAUUGCCUGUUUUCUACCUUCCUUUUCCUUACCGUACCUUACUUAACGCUACUCUUUCCUAGUUGGUUGCUUCCACCAAGAAGACGUCAACCCUAAUUAUCUGGUGUUUGCAUAAGAAUGCACUUUAAAACUACCAACACAUUUGUCGUCAGUGUUUUCCUUCCUUAUUGUUGAUUAUUGAGCCAUAAAUUGCUGAGAUCUUUGAAGGUUUGCCGUAUUUGUUGGACUUCUGGCAAAUUGAAACGCUGAAUUUGCUCUUCUUUUACGAUUUUCUUUUUCACUCCCGUUUCUUCAUCGCUUCUACCUUUUUGCUGAUUAGGCUUUCCUCGUGCUUUUUCGUGUUGCUUUUCUGUCGCUUGUUUUUCAAGGACUUAAGCAAUCUAUUGUAAAAGUAUAUAUAUAUAUCAACACGCAUAUACAUAUAUUGUAUAUUUGCGGCAUCUUUUUAUUCAUCUUUGGUGCAUGAAUAACACAAUCAUCUGUUUUUUAUUUGGAAACUUUACUCAAGCUUUCAGGAAUUAGUACAUUGGAUGUUGCUUAUCUAGCAGCGAAACCUCCAAAAGUUCUUAUUUACUCUAUCUUCCAGUCUACUUUUUUCCAAAGUCAGAUUUCGGUUUCUAUUUUCCUCUUGUUCUUUUCUCCUUAUUUUUGUUGUCUUCUCUUGAAUAAAUCUCUACAAACGUCUCUUGUCCUUGUCUGUUUUGUGUUUUCAAUUUGUUUGUUUUAUUUUUUUCCUGUUAAUUACUUACUCUUCCCGCAGUCCAAAGCAUCUCUGUUUUCUAUUUCUUUUUGAGCGGCAGCCUCUUGUUGAUUUUAGCUUGUCCUUUUGUUUUUUUUUUUCAUUUAGAAAUUUUAACCCCCAUUUCAUAAUAGAACGGUUAUAGCAUUUCCCAGAUUGCAUCCUUUUUUCUAGCUCUUCCUGCUCAACCCGUGCGUUAAUCUACUUUCUAUCAAGUCUUUUCCUUUGGAUAUUCUUGCUUAAUACUUGCUGUCUUUUUUUAUUUCUAUUAUUAGUUAUCAAUGUCUGGAGAUAAACCUUUGUCUGGUGGCUUGGGUAGCCAGGGAAGCGUUCCUGAACCUACCGAUGCUGAAUCCAUUUUGAACAGUCGAAAUCAAUCUAGCACCCCUGUACCUACGCCUUUGCGAAAAGGAUUCUCAAAAAUAAAAAAAAACAUUUUAAGUCGGAAAAACUCUGGUCAAAUGGGAUCAAGCUCGGUUGAUAAGCAAACUCCUCAAGAAACUCGCUACAACCAUACGACCGACUCUACGGCUCAUGUUCCACAAACUCCUCGUGAAUCUCCUCCCAACCAACCCUUAGAUACACAUCAGCAAACACAGAAUCCUGUCGGACCGGUCCCUGUGCAUGCUAACCCUUCUGGAAGCUCGCAACACCAAACUGGAAUGAAGUCUUUAUUUGAAAAGGCUAUUCAUCCUUCUAGGAGAAAAUCAUCGCAAAGCCCUUCGAAAGGUAUUGGCUCCUUCAUUAACCAGCAUAUUCUUCAUAAACACCCUUCCUCUCAUCCUUCUUCUCCUGAUCAGAAGACGCCCCAACCUUCCCAAGGUAUUCAGAAAAGUAGCUCUCAUCAUUAUGUGCAAACAAACACAAAAAACAGAAACAACACUCCUUCGACUGGUCAAGAGGUACCCAAACGUGCCAGCUCGGCCAUUCACACGAAACCGUCUAGAUCUCCACUUGGCUCCGCAGAAGAUACAAACAGGAUUUCUCAUUCCUCCGAGUUUCCCACACCUUCGAAACCUGUAGAUAUCCGUGGAAAUGGGAGAACCAGGCCAUCUACCUCUCGUGCUGGUGGUUUUUUUGACACUCCUCUGCAUGCUUCCCCUACCUCCAAUGCCUCCCCUGUCGGCACUCCUCGUUCUAAUUCUAAGAGCCCCUCUCAAUCCUCCGUUACUUCCAACGGUCAUCGCCCAGGUCCUGGGAAAUCACUCAUGCCCCGACAGAGAAACCCUUACGAUAAUACUUCUUAUGAAUCUUGGCCUCAUUCUCCCGAGUUCGACUGUUUUACUUAUGCUGUUAGCGGUAGCCUUAACAUGACACCACAAGGGACAGGUUUUGAAUGUAUUAAUCCUGCCAAUCCCUUUAGUCCCGGUUACAAGUCAGGGUCUGCUCCUGCAGAUUCUGAUAAUCAAGGUACUGGCAUGGGACAAACAAGUCAGGGGUCAAAUUAUAAGCUCGUAAAACCUGAAAGCAUUGAACACGUACCUAGGAAGUUACGAUCAAACUAUGUGCCACCUUAUGCCAAGCGCGUCGUUCCUCGUCUAAGCUCAAAGUAUGUUUUACUUGAUGAAAACAAAAAUAUCGGAAGUGGUGCUACUGCAGUUAUCCGUUGCGUAACCUUGAAAAACCCGAAAGAUAAUGAAAAGAAAUUAAAAUUUGCAAUUAAAGCAUAUCGUCGAAAGGCUGAUGAUGAAUCGGAAAGCUCUUAUAUUGCAAAAUUAACUUCUGAAUGGCUUGUGCAAUGUAGAAUGGAACAUCCUAAUGUUGUGAAAGCCUAUGAUCUUUGCCUAGAUUCUCAUAUAUUUCCUCUUUAUAGUGACACAUGGUGUAUUUUGAUGGAUUUUUGUCCCAGAGGUGAUUUGCUAAGCUUAAUUAGCGAUCGUCAUGACCGUCUGAACCGAAAAGAUUUUGAAUGUAUGAUUAAGCAAAUUUUACGAGGAGUCGCUUACAUCCAUUCUCAAGGAAUAGCGCAUCGAGAUUUAAAGCCUGAAAAUAUUUUAAUUACAAGUAAAGGUGCCCUUCGAAUUACUGAUUUUGGAGCUUGUGAUGUGUUAUGUGAUCCUGGCAACACAGAAAAGCUUCCUUCUGCAUUGUCCCAAAGUAACGGCGUAUUUGGAAGUGAUCCGUUCAUGGCACCUGAAAUUUUAACUCCUGGAUCUUACAAUGCAUUCUAUGCAGAUAUGUGGUCGUGCGCCAUUAUAUUACAUAACAUAUACUUCCGCACAUAUCCUUUCCGAAAAGCCGUUACGACCGAUCAGCUUUACAAUAAGUAUCUAAAGGCUUGGCGCGAGUAUAAUCUUAUAUGUGAUGUUCAAAAUAUUAGGGUUUCCAAGACUUUACCAUACUUAAAAUCUGUUUGCGAUUUGCCGGACCCUAUGCAGCGUCUUUUCUUUUGUUUAGCUAAUCCUGUUCCUGAACAAAGAAUGUUGGCUUUGGAGGCUCUAAGUAUGGACUACGUACAAAAAAUUGAAUGCUGCUGUUGUGAUGAACACGAGGUAACCACGCAUGAGCCUGAACAAUGUUUAAAAUGGAACGAUCCUCCGAUGUGCCAAACCUCUUCCUGUCAUAAUCACUAUUAAAUACCGUUAUACAUAAAACUGUAAAUAUUAGAGUUUAUGAGAUCUUCAUGCUCAUACUUUUUUUGUCUUGAAAAAUUUGACAUGCUUUUUCUUGUUGAAUUAGCACGUAUUCUAUAAAAGAAGGAAAAAAAUCACUUGCGGGCCUUUCAUGGAUCAAGAAGUCUAUAUUUGUUUUCUAAUCGUUUUUUGAAGCCAUUGUGAUUUUGCACAAGAGAAUACUGUUUACCUUUAUAGGUAGACUUUGGUCAAUAUUUUCAUUGAUUGAGGAAACAUACUGAGCAAUUUAUUGAAAAUAUCGUUUGCAAAUGAGAGGCUUUUAGUAUAGCUGGUUCCACGAACUCAAUUGGAGCCUAGUAAUAACAGUCUGCCUUCUUAUCCCUAUCAGGAAGAAUAGCAGCUCGUCCAUAACUAGCUACAAUAAAAUAAUGAAAACGUUUCUUGACUGUUUAAAUUAAUGUUACGAUUAUAUUGUAUAUGUGAUCAUGGGGUUCGAAAUGAAUUAUUGAUUUCCUUUUUACAAAAACCAGGUUGACUUGUUACAUUAUAUAUGAUUUUAUAAAUUUCUCAUCACCAACUAUAUUUCUUCUUUAUAUUCUAAUAUAAAAGUAUUCAUUUAGUCCA